AUGGGCGGCGGGUUGUCCAAAAGUCAAAUCAAUGUCCACUACCAAGGUGCGACAGAUGUGGAUAGUACUUACAUUGUCACUAAAACGGACUCCAACAACAACGUCGGAAGUGCCGCCUCAGCGACGAAGCCGAUGCCUGUGGUGAACGCGCAGUGGGAACGAAGCACCACUGAACCCAGUAGAGAUGGCGUUGCCGUAUCGCCCGCAGCAGCGGCGGCAGCACCACGCAAAGAGGAUGCGAGGGGGCUCGGCACCGCCCCCGCGAGAGCCGGAAAUGGGCCCGACGGCUUUGGGGGCAACCGCUGCACGAACUCCGCUACCUCGGCGGCGGACGACAAUGGCUCGCCCAUUCCCAUCCGACAGGGCGGGAGCCAUGUCGGGUACAUCUGUCUGAGCGACAUUAUCGGGGACAAAGAUAGCCGCAGCAAGUAUAUCAAGAUGAGCUCCAUCGGCAGAGGCGCCUACGGAGAGGCGUACGUGGUGAAGCGCAACCCGGCCUACGACGCGACUGCACGGCCCAUGGUGGAGGCGCAGAUUGAAAGCAAUGCGCUGGCGAACCCGACACAGCCAAAUGGGUUGUAUGUGGCGAAGGUUAUGGACCUGCGCGCUAUGAUGUCGCAAGACCGACAGUACGCACAGACCGAAAUUAUGUGCCUGGCGCACACGCACCACUUCGCCAUCAUCCGCUAUUACGAGCACUACGUGCUCGACAGCGAUGACGAGACUGUGGUGAUCGUGACAGAGCUUGCGGAUCGCGGUGACCUGCGCCGCAACUUGUACAACGCCUCCGCGGUGCGUCCAUUUCUUGAGGCGGGCAGCCAAGCCACAACAGGUGGCACUGCUGGCACCACGGAUUCUCAGAUGCUGUUGACGGAGCGAGAGGCAGGUGCAUACUUUGUGCAGCUGCUCUUGGCCUUGCAUCACAUCUCUGCGCGUCGAAUGAUCCACCGUGACAUCAAGAGUGCAAACGUGUUGCUUACCUCUCGCGGCUUCCUCAAGCUGGGCGAUUUCGGCUUCUCCCAGAAGUACGAGAGCACUGUCAGUAGUGAGACAAUUGCCGGCACAUUUCUCGGCACCCCGUACUACCUCUCGCCAGAGAUGUGGAAAGGGAAGCGCUACGGCAAGAAGGCGGACAUCUGGGCGGCCGGGGUUGUGCUUUACGAGAUGCUAAUGGGUGGGCGCCGUCCCUUCGAGGCUUCCAGCUUGCCGGAGCUGCGCAUGUGCGUGCUGGAGCAGGAGUUUGUUCCACCCACAGGGCCACCGACAUCAGGGACGGCCGACGCGAACAGCAAGGGGGGCGCGCAGCCAAAGUUUUCCAACGACAUGCGCGAGUUACUCGUCGCCAUUUUUCAGAAGGCGCCUGAGAAGCGUCCAAGCGCUGAGGAGCUGCUGCACAGGCCUGUCAUGCAGCACUACCUCUGUGUCUUUGAAAGGUAUAUCCAUUCUCUUAUCAGCUACGAUGCGGCGGCACUUGCGGCGAACCCGACGAUGGACCGACAGGGACUCUACUUUGCCGACCCGGCGGAUCAGGCACUUGUGCUGCAGGGCAUUGCGGAGGGGAAGGAGGCCAUUCAACAAGUGGCUAAGCGCACGGUCACCGAGAAUGCCUCGAUGCGAUACGAGGGCGUGGUGUACAAGGAUAACCACAACGGUGUCUGGAAGGAGCGGUAUCUACUGCUCGAUGGCACCACGCUCACAAUUUCCUUGUCCAAGGGCAAGGAGGCCGUUGGCGGCGGUGAGCGCAGCAAACGAGUGCUGCUUUCCUCCAUCAAGUCGGUGAGCCCGUGUGAGGUGGAGGAUGCGCACGUGCGUGUGGGGAACGCUGCGUCUCCUACCGAUGGAUACAAGCCACCCUACGCCUUUGCGAUUGCGAUGCAGAGCACCAACUCCAUCACCUUUGGCGUUGCUAGUGCUGAGGAGCUGGACCGCUGGAUGCAGGCGCUCAUGCGUGUCCUGCAGAUCGAUUAG